GCUGUUCAACGCAUGGUGUCCAGAGGACUCGGUGUUCAUGCCUAACGAGGCGGAGCGGCAGGAGUACGUCCUCUCAGACUACGGGACCAUCUACCAGGGAUCAGUGGGGGCUCUGAGUCACAGGGACUGGGUCUACGGACAGUUUGAGCGGGGGAUCCUGGACGCCUGCAUCUACCUGCUGGACUCGGCCCGGAUGCCGAUCUCUAACCGCGGCGACGCCAUCAAGCUGCUGCGGAAAGGCUCGGCCAUGAUCAACUCCCAGGACGAUAAUGGGGUGUGUGUGGGGAACUGGAGCGAGGACUUCUCCUUGGGACGCCCCCCGACCUCCUGGACCGGCAGCGUGAGGAUCCUGCAAGAGUACGCCAACACCGGGGUGCCCGUCAGCUUCGCCCAGUGCUGGGUGUUCGCUGGAGUCUUCAACACCUUCCUGCGCGCGCUGGGCAUCCCGUGCCGAGUCAUCACCAACUUUAACUCGGCUCACGACAACACAGGAAACCUGAAGACAGACCUAAUCUUCAAGAUGGACGGGUCCCCCGACGAACGCAACACCAGGGACUCCAUCUGGAACUACCACUGCUGGAACGAGGCCUUCGUCACCCGCCCGGACCUCCCUCCCGGCCUCGGAGGAUGGCAGGUCGUGGACAGCACGCCUCAGGAGAGCAGCGACGGUCAUUACCGCUGUGGCCCCGCCCCUGUGGCCGCCAUAAAGGAGGGCCUCCUGUGCCACCCGUACGACGCUGGCUUCGUCUUCGCUGAGGUGAAUAGCGAUGUGGUCUUCCAUAAGAGGGACCGCUACGGCACGCUGACCCCCUUCAGGGUGGAGAAGACCUACAUCGGGCAUUCUAUUUUCACCAAGGCAGUGGGCAGCAGCAGCCCCUCUGACAUCACACACACCUACAAGCACACUGAAGGUAGUGCAGAGGACGCCAGGACGAUGUCCCGGGCCGAGGAGUACGGCUGUGUGAGGGAUCCACUCCGACGUCCCGGAGACUCAGCUGUCUGUGCUCAUCAAUGCUGCACAGGUGUACCUGGGUCAGGGAUGUAGUCCUGCAGGUGGAAUUCACGAACCAGGGCGAUGCCUCCAGAACCAUCCAGGCUCACCUGGCGGAGCCGUUGUUUACUACACCGGGGUCAUAGCCAAUCGGCUCAGAGACCGCACCUUCACACCGUCACCGUGCCGGCCAAUGAGAGUG